AUGGCUACCAACGGAGCUGGUGCAAUCGCCGAAGGGCAUCUCGGCAACCUGACGAGCGAGCAAGAAGCUCUCCUCCGGAAACUGUGGCAAACCGUCUUCAUGCUGUACAACAUGUUCGAACACACUGGUCCUAUUGUCUCCGACACUGGAUCCAAGGCAGAGUCUACAAAGCAACGAACUGGUUUCUUUGGACGCAAAACCUCGGACGCCGCUCCACCACCAAAACAAUCGGCUGAUGUCAUGGAAGCACUAAACAUCAUCACCUCUGACCCGCAUGAGCAACAGCGCCUCUUAAAGCAAUUUCAGCAGUUGGUUGCCAUGCAAAGCCCAGAGUCCAUCAAGCAGUUCAAGGAAGGGUUGGCUGCCGCACCGCCCGAGUCGAUUCAGCAGUUGCGCGACGUACUUGCCACUCAGUCCCCAGAAACUCUCCGCGACUUUCAAAAGAUUCUGCAUGGGCAGACGGCUCAGUCAAUUAGGGCCAUGGUGAUUGGCGCAGUCAAGCACGAACACCCAGAUACUCUGAUCCUGAGAUUCUUGCGGGCUCGUAAAUGGGACAUUAACAAGGCUCUCAUGAUGAUGUUCAAGGCUAUGAACUGGAGACAUACUGACUUUCAUGUUGAUGAAGAAAUUAUGCCGCACGGAGAGGCUGGUGCUGUUGAAGACGAGAAGAAUGGCGAUAAGGCAGCCAAGACGCUGGGCCAUGAUUUCAUGAAGCAGAUUCGAAUGGGCAAGAGCUUUUUGCAUGGGACUGAUAGACACGAACGGCCGAUUUGCAUUGUUAGAGUUCGGCUUCACAGAGCAUCUGACCAAUGCGUAGAGAGUAUCGAGAGGUAUACAACAUACCUGAUUGAAACGGCACGAUUCGUUCUCAACCCGCCUAUUGAGACUGCUUGCCUCAUAUUUGACAUGACCAGUUUCACACUCGCAAAUAUGGACUACGUUCCAGUUAAGUUUAUGAUCAUGUGCUUUGAAGCCAAUUAUCCCGAGUCCCUUGGAGUUGUCCUGAUUCACAACGCGCCAUGGGUCUUUAAGGGUAUUUGGAAGAUCAUUCACGGCUGGCUCGACCCCGUCAUUGCUGCCAAGGUUCACUUCACAUACGGUCGAAAAGACUUGGAAGAGUUCAUCGCACCAGAUCAACUUAUCAAGGAGCUUGGCGGCGACGAAGAUUGGGAGUACAAGUACGAAGAGCCCAUUGAAGGUGAAAACGAGGUUAUGAAGGAUACCGAGACUCGAGAUAAGCUUCGGAGAGAACGCGAAGAUAUUGCACAGCGAUUCGAGGACGCCACUAAGGAGUGGAUUUUGCACGCCGAGGGACCCAAGGGCGAUGAAGUCAAGGCGAAGCGCGAUGCGGUGGCUAAGGAGGUUCGCGAGAAUUAUUGGAAAUUGGACAAGUAUGUUCGAGCAAAGUCGUUGUAUGACCGGCAGGGAUACAUUCGAGGUGGAGAGGAGGUCAAGUGGUAUGAAGCAAAUGGGACGAAAGCAGCAAAUGGUUCUGCAUGA